CAAAACGACGGACGGAUUAGGAGAAAACGGGAACGGCAACGAAGACGUCCCGGGAUUAAAGUGGAACCUUCGUUUCGAUUUGCGGUGCGAAAAGUCUGUGCUGUUUCGUCGCAGAUCAUCGCCGUGUACCGUGCCCGUUCGCCGCUGGAAAAGUGUGCCCGUUCGCCAAAUCGAACGCACUGAAAUUCGUGCUGGUGGUACGUGUUUAUUCCUUCGCUCGGUCGUUGGUGUCGGAAAAAGGAAGAAAGCAAAAAGUAGUGGCAUCGGUUGGCAUCGGGAAACAAUCAAAGUGAGAUCGACAAACUCGGGCGAGCAUUAUCGUCAGCCGCGUGUACUACGGUGUGGGCAGUUUUGCCCGGAAUCUACUGAGCAAGUGUUUCAACAAGUUCAGUGGAGAGUUAGAGUUGCUGCAAACAGAGAGAGCGAGAGCGAAAGAGAGAGCGAGAGAGAUAGAUAGAAAGAGAGAGAGAGAGAGAGUGAGUGAGAGAAAAGGAAAGAAAGGAAGAAAAAAAAAAGAGCAGACCAAGAGCAGGGUAGUGAUCGGUCAAUGCGGCAGUUGCGCGGUGGUUUAUGUGAAUGUGGUGUGUUGAGCCUGUGGUGCGCGCUCAGCGUAUCCUGUUGGAGUGAAACAUAUAAAAAGCCGUAAGCGGUAAGCUCCCGUUUGCUGUAAAAACAAACCGCAUUAACGGCAACCAAAGGCGAAAGUACUUCGAGUGUAAACAUAAACACCACAAACCCAUCGUUUGCAGGAAGGAAGAGUUAGUUUGGAAGAACAGCAAUCGGUGCAACUCUUUCGUGUGCAACUGGCCACGUUUCGUUGGAAGGAAUACGUACGAAGCUUUAACUCCAUUUUCUACAAGAAGGCUGUGCCUUUGGAGCAAACGACAGAAAAAUGACAGAAGAAUCCUACCCGAAGACGCUGUACGUCGGCAACCUCGACACAUCGGUCACCGAGGACUUGCUGUGCACACUGUUCAACCAGAUGGGCUCGGUGAAGAGCUGCAAGAUCAUCCGGGAGGCGAGCAAUGAUCCGUACGCGUUCAUUGAGUACGCGAACCACACGUCCGCGCAGACGGCGCUCGCCGCCAUGAACAAGCGCGUUUUUCUCAAGAAGGAAAUCAAAGUGAACUGGGCCACCAGCCCGGGCAACCAGCCGAAAACGGACACCAGCCAGCACUAUCACAUCUUCGUCGGUGACCUCAGUCCGGAAAUCGAGACGGAAACGUUGCGUGAGGCGUUUGCUCCGUUCGGGGAGAUUUCCAACUGUCGCAUCGUGCGCGACCCGCAAACACUCAAAUCGAGGGGCUACGCGUUUGUGUCGUUCGUGAAGAAGGCUGAAGCCGAAAAUGCGAUCGCGAUGAUGAACGGACAGUGGCUGGGCUCGCGCUCGAUUCGCACCAACUGGUCUACCCGCAAGCCCCCAGCACCGCGUGAAAAUUCAAAGGGUAUCAAAAGUGGCAAAACGCCUGGUUUCGAAGAGAUCUAUAACAACACCAGUCCCACCAACACGACUGUGUACUGUGGAGGUUUUCCCCCGAACACGAUUACCGAUGAUCUGAUCCAGAAGCACUUUGCCCAGUUUGGACACAUACACGAUACGCGGGUAUUCAAGGACAAGGGCUACGCGUUCAUACGGUUCGCCAGCAAGGAGUCAGCAGCACGCGCCAUCGAAGGCACGCACAACAGUGAGGUGCAGGGCCACCCGGUGAAGUGCUACUGGGGCAAAGAGAACGGUGGGGACGUCAACAGCAACGGUAUCAACAAUGCGACCGCCUCAGCGAUCGCUGCAGCCGCUGCUUCCGGGAUGAUCGGUAUGAACGGCGGCAUGGUGAGCCCGCUGCAACAAAUGCAGCCAAAUGCGGCUGCUGCCGCUGCAGCCGCUGCCAAUCUGGCAGCCGUCCAUCAGCACAGUGCCAACACGCAGCUCUCGCAAGCUUCGGCCGCCGCGGCCGCUGCCGGUGCUCAGUAUCCUUACUCGCCCGCCUACGGCCAGAUUGGUGCAUACUGGAUCCCGGGCGCAUACCCUCAGAUACAAACCCAGUACAUGCAGCAGGGAUAUUACGCAUAUCCGACGGCAUACGCUGCUGCGGCCCCGCAACAAUCUGGUGCCACAGGGUACCGUAUGAUGCAGCCUAAUAUGGCCGCUACCGGCUGGGGAAUGCAGACUGUACCGACGGUGGCGACGAAUGGGGCAGCAGCUGCGGCAGCCGCAGCCGCGGCCGCUGCAUCCUCCCAGCAGCCAAUGAUGUAUGCGACAAUGCCACAGUUCCAGACGCAAUGAGACCUGUUGAACAGUAGUAGUAGUUACGCAACCAGCACCAGCAUCGUCAACACCUGUAACAAAACAAAUAACAAAUCCGACUGUAGCACCCUCAAACACAACACUGGCAAUGCGAAUAGCACUGCGAACCAAUUCGGCAAUAGUUUGGUGUCCACCGGUAUCGUCACCGGCGGAAGCACUGGCAACAGCAACAGCAGUUGCACCAAAACUUCCUUCGGAUUGAUGCCGAUUCCCUCUACUUCUUCGCCGUUGCUUUCAUCCUCCCUAUCGUGCACCUCGUCGCCGCCGUCUU